UUUUUUUUUCCUUUACACUUAUUCUUCCCCUUUACUCAUUAUCUAACUUCUUCCCUUUUGUUUCUUUUUCUUUUCUUUCUUCGACCCAUUCUUCAUUCCAUUUGCUUUUUUCUUCUUUUGAAUUGCUCAUUCUUCGCUUUGAUCUGUAUUUUAAAGCAGGUUGUACAAAUCAGGCUAGCUUUCUGAUUUUCAUUUCUCACACUCACACACGACCAACGAAAAUAUCUUGCAAUUAUUGCAACACAACAUUGUCCCUUUUUUCCCUCUUGUCUUCCCAACAACAGUUACUGUAGUAAACUAGCAACAACAGCAACAGCAACAGCAACAGCAACAGCAACAGCAACAGCAACAGCAACAGCAAUAACAAAAAUAAACCCCUCCUUCUGUCCUUGUUAAAUCCUUUUAUAAAACAAUGUUGACCGAUCAACGAUUUCAGGAAUGCCUUGCAGAGUUGCAGGUUCCCAAGGUGGCAGACUGGGAGCUGUUUUUGGAGUCUCAUGGGUUCAAGAUCUAUCGCAAAACACUUCCCAACACUGCUUUGUACGAAUACAAGGCCCUGGGUUACUAUCCUGAUGUGCCUUCUCAUCUUUUGGCAGAUGUCUUCACGGAUCUAGAGUACCGUAAGACCUGGGACAAGAACAUGGUUGGAUACAACGUUCUUGAAAACGAUGUGACCCAUUAUACCACAAAGUUUCCAUGGCCGUUGUCACCACGCGAGUACUUUUAUCAGUUGACGGUGCAUGAGCCCAAGAAGGGCCAUUUCUGUGUCAGUUCUCAAACUGUGGGCAAGAUUAGAGCUGCCGAUGGCACUCUUCAGAACUUUUAUAACACCAACAACUACAAGUCCAUGGUGACCCUUGCUCCAUCUUCCAUGACUUCAUCUUUCUCUUCGUCAUCACCACAUCUCAGUAUACCUGGAGCAGCAUCAGCAUCAGCCAUAUCUUUGCCUACAUCAUCAGAUCAGCAGCACAGAGUAUUCCAGUUGCCGCCUGGGAAUAAAUCUGUACGUGUUGAGGAGUAUCGUCAGGAUGUGGUUAUGGUCCCAUCAGAGGAUCAAAAAGGCUGCCAUGUAUGGUUCGGCUAUUUUGAUGAUCCCAAGGGCCAUAUCCCCUCAUCCAUUGUGAAUUGGGCUACGAAACAUGGGAUCCCUGGUUUCCUCAAAGCGAUUCAGGAUGCUUGUCUCAGGAGAGCAGCAGCUCAGAACGGAUCGUUUGUGCCAUCAUCAUCUUUUACGGCUCUUAGGAAUAGACCAUCCACACCAGACAGUGGCAUUGAAGCUUAGAGGAACAUGACCCCCUCUCUCUGUAUCCACACCCAUAACAACAACACACUGAACACUGAACACUGAACACGUUAUCGAUUUCUCUUUCGAACAGUUAGAUAAUUAGAGCAAGUGCCAUUUAGACUUUUUAUUUUUUUAUUUCAGUAUUUCAGUUUAGCUAUCCUUUCGCUGGAGUUUUGUUUGUAUUUUGAAAUUUUCUCUGGACUUGAAUGCUGGUUCAUUCAAGCCCAAUAAACAGAGAAUAACUGUAGGUUGGGGUUGGAUAGUUAACCUGCAUGUUUCGAGGUGCUGAAUAAAGAAUAAGAAAUGACAUGGGCCUCCAUUCUCUCCCCCAAACACAGCAGAUCAUGAUUAAAAAAUAUGU